ACAAGGGCACCUCUGCUCACGCGCUCAUUCAGGACUCAGGUGCGGACUUGACGCCAUGGAGGGAGGAAAGUCGCCGACAGAGGCGGUUUUCAGCCAGCUGCCACACGGGCACAUGUUUUACGACACAGGUUCCUCUGGGCCCGAUGAUCUUUUUGAAGAAGACACUUACUCUCCAUCCUCCCUCUCCUCAUCCUCCUCGUCCUCUGUCCCUCUGGUGACCUCCCAGCAGGAGAGCGCCCUGUGCACCUCCUGUGGCCUGGAGAUCCUGGACAGAUACCUCCUUAAGGUGAACAACAUGUGCUGGCACGUGCGCUGCCUCUCGUGCAGUGUGUGUCAAACGUCACUGGGGCGACAUGUGAGCUGUUAUGUGAAAGAUAAACAGGUUUUCUGCAAACUUGACUACUUUAGGAGGUAUGGCACCCGCUGCGCCCGCUGUGGCCGGAACAUCCACUCCAACGACUGGGUGCGUCGCGCAAAAGGAAGCACCUUCCACCUGGCGUGCUUCUCCUGCUCCUCCUGCAAACGGCAGCUCUCUACUGGAGAGGAGUGUGGAUUACUGGAGAACAGGAUCUUCUGCCUGGCUCACUAUGACAUGGUGAUGGAGAAUCUCAAACGUGCUAAGGAAAAUGAGCAAUCAAAAGCUGAUGAGGAUUCAGCCAACGGGGAUGAUUCAGGCGCUGCGUCUCGACCUGCUAAAAGAGCCAGAACCAGCUUCACCUUGGACCAGUUACAGGUAAUGCAAAACCAGUUUGCUAAAGAUAGCAACCCAGAUGCCCAGACUCUCCAGAAACUGGCAGAAAGGACUGGUCUCAGUCGUAGAGUCAUUCAGGUCUGGUUUCAGAACUGCCGAGCUCGUCAGAAGAAGCACGUCUCCAUCUCUCCAAAUCAGCCCUCCUCAGUCAUGACAUCACUUGCUCCUGGCCAGUUAACUCCACCUUUGAUGGAGGAUCUGCAGUAUACAGCCUACAUCACCCCUGACACACCCCUCCUCACUACUCUCACUUAUAUGGACGUCCAAACUUCAGACCCACUUCUUCUUCAGCCAAUUAUGGCCACUUCACUGACGCAGCUGCCAGCCAGCCAUGCCUGACUUUCAUUCACCUGCUGAGAGAAGAGGCUCAAGGGCUGAGAGGAGGAAAAGAAACCUUCGAUUUAAUGAAAGUUGUAAGGUUAAUGCGAGAUAAAUGAUAUGUUGUCUCACAAAAUAACAGCACUGAGUUAUCACCGUUGCAUUAUGUGAGAAGACACUCAGAAGAAUAAAACUAAUCACUUUUUGUUACUCACUCAAGGGUUCACAGGUGACAGCACAUUAAAAUAAUUAUUUGCUAUAGGAAAUUUUUGUUAAUAUGUAUACUAUGAAUUUAUGUAAUUUAACUUAUUUGGUUUAUUAAAUGAAAUGAGAGGCUUUGUUCAAAAACAAGACUACAAAUUAGUUUUUAGUUUUGAACAAGUUUGUUUGUGUUUUUUGGACCGAAAUGCAACGGAAAGAUUCACGUGUGAAUUUUUGUUUUCCUGUGGAAAAGAUAUUAAUUAUCACCUGAUUAAGUUACACUGCAAAGAAAAACAAU